CAAGUCCGCACAGGCCUUGGCCAUCCCUUGGUGAGCGACGACCGCUACCUGCCACGUGAGCAGGCCAUUGCCGACUGCCAAUGGUGCCCCCGGAACUUCUUGUGCGAGGUGCGCUCCGACUGGUUCGACCUGUGUGGGCCCUUCAAGUACCCCAACCGCCGGCGCUUUGCACGGAUCAGCGCCGAAAAUCCGCUGCCGCAGCUCUUUCAAGAUAUCUUGGAGAAGAAACUGGUGCUGAUCCAGAAGCUGGAUCCGAAUUGCGAUCUCUACCAGGGUUGCUCAUAUUGGGCCUUGGGAGAUGAGCAACUCAUGGCAGAUCAUCCGAAAGACUCCGUGUAUCGAAAGAAGGUCAUGCGAUGGGGCAUCCGUCGGGGCAUCCACUUGGAUGCCCUCGACCGGUUGCUGUUGCUCAGUCGUGAGGAGAUUGAUCAGAUCAUGGCUGAAUAUCAGCCGCCGGAGGUGGAUACUGCCUUUUGGGUUUGCCCGCUGUGCAUGAGCUUGAAUCAUCCUACGAGGAACAGCGAUGGGACAAGUUGCAAGGGCCACAUCAAGCAGACAUGCUCAGGAAAGCUGCGGAUGCCCAGCGAUACGAAGCUGCCGGAUGGGUGGCGCAACUAUUUGGCAGAUCCCACGUAUCACUUAAUCACCAAAAUGAAUCCGCUCUUGCUCGAGGCAAGGCGCACAGCCAUCGAGAAGCCUCGUCCAUCCUGGGAUCGACCUCCAAGUGAAGAAGAAGGCGACAAUGCAACGCCGUCCCAGAUCAAAUCCCUCCACGAUGCUUUGGUGGAGGAUGCCAAGAAGGGUGGCUAUGGACUGGACCAGGAGUAUCUUCCUCAAGUGCCUGGCCUCGAGGAUGCCAAGCUUCCACUGUGCGUUCCGCCUGACUGCGAGGUGCGCCGUGUGCGCCUGCCCGGCCGGGGGCUGGGAUCUCAGUGGAGGUAUACUUUGACGGGCAAGGAGCGGCUGAAAGUCACCGCGAACUUCAGUGUGAAGUUGAAGAAAUACUCGGAACCCCUGCUUGUUGACACAGACGUGCUGCCUCCAAAGCAGCUCCUGGAUGAUGGCGAACCCCGUAAUGAACAGCCUGCCAGCUGGAAUGCGCCUGACCAGAUGGAGGUGGAUGCAUGGGCGGGCUCAAGCAAGGAGCCGACGAACCAACGCAGAUCGAAGCCAGUCUUGAAAGAGCCCGAGGACAUUACACGAAAAAGGCCCAUGGAAUCGGCACCCGAACCUUCGCCCAGAAAGCGGGCCAAGAGAGACUGGAGGAAGGUGGAAUCUCAGAGCAAGCCUGGCCUGCACUACUACGUGGAUGCGGAGACGGGCGAGUUCCGGUACAACAUGCCACCGGAUUUCAAAGAGGAAGCUGUUUGGGAAGAGAUUGAAUCCAAGACUCAGAAGGGCAAGUUCUUCUACCACAAUCGAGACACAGGAGAAACUCGCGUGGAGAAGCCUUUGGGUGUGACCACUUUCCUGAAGCCAGAGAAAAGCCGGGAAGAGGAGGGCAUCGGAUGGCAGCGCUUGGAAUCCAAAUCCAAGCCUGGCCACUACUACUACUUCAACCCGGAGACAGGUGAGAAUGAGAUCAGGCCGCCCAAAGUCCAGGCUCCCUGGAAGCUAUUGGAGUCCAAGACCAAGCCCGGUCAAUGGUACUACUACAACGAGGACACUGCGGAGAGCACCGAGAUCCCGCCCCCCUGCGCCGUGCCCGCCGCCCGCUUCGUGGCCCAGCGGGAGCAGGCAGAGCAGGCGACCAGUGCCCCACAGGCGUCCCCAGCGAGGGCGGCGCCGAGGGCGAACCCGUCCACGGCUGUGGCGGCAGAUGAGCUGCCCGAGGGCUGGGAGAAGCACAUGUCAUCCACACAUCAAAAGUUCUACUACAUCAACACAAAGACUCACGAGACUACAUGGACUCCUCCUCCACGAGAGAAGCCUGCAGACCAGUGGGAACGCCGCGAGAGCUCCAAAUACCCGGGAAAGUUUUACCUCCAAAACCUCAGCACAGGCGAGACCAAGUGGUUUUGAAAGGCCUAGGAAACUUUGCAUCGCGAGCGCCCGCGCCAGAG